CCGCUGCCUCCCCAGUUUGGUGGCAAGUGCUAGUAGUGAAAAGUGGAAACAAGUGUAUCGAAGCAAUCGGCGUAAUUUGAUCGGCUGAAAACCAGGUUUUCAUGGUGAAAGCCCGCAGGGUAAAGGAGAAGCUUAUUUGGAAUCAUGGAUGGUGUUAUUUGUUGCGGGUAUCAUAGAAAGUGCUUGUUGCUUCUGGCCGUGCGUAGGUAAUCCAAGCUCCUUUGAUCGAUCGUUCUGCUCUCUGCUGGCUCUCGAUUUGCCAUGCUCAAUUAUGUAAUCAUCUGUUGAACGAAUGACCGUGACAUAGUGCUCCUGAAGGUGUGGGCCUAGUGAGUUUUCGUGCCAACUAGUGUCAGUGUUAAACCGAACAUCUGCAAUCAUGGAUCCGGCGCUACCACCCCUCACUACGGUAGCGUAUUUCCGGUGCGUCCUUCGCUGGACGCCCAUUUGCUAGCGAUGGGUGAUGAUAUUGAAGUGGACGAGGAACACCGGUCAUUAGAAGACGGAGCAUCACAGGAUCCUGUGAUAACGGCACCGUUAGCUGAGGCGGACGCUGGUGAGGUGGACGAGGAGGAACCAUCGGAAAUGACCGAACCACAGGAACAGCCUCCGGAUGCUCAAACAAUCCACCGGUACUUCCGGACAGAAACUGCUGGCCAAGGCAACCUAUGACAACAUUGCCGAAAGCACGGACGAGCUUGCAUUCCGCAAGGGCGAAAUACUGACCGUCAUCGAAACCGACACCAACGGGCUGAAAGGAUGGUGGCUCUGCCAGCUGCGUGGCCGUCAGGGUAUCUGUCCGGGGAACAGAUUAAAAAUAAUUCAAUCGCACGAUUCGGGCUGCUUCACGCUAUCACCAGCCUCAUCGCCCUGCCCAACGAUUGAUUCGACCACCAACCUCAAUAGUCCGAUACCGAGCGAAAUCUACGAGAACACGUCCCUGUCCGGCAGCAGCAUCGGUAGCCAGCGGCAGGGCAAGCGCCGUUCCUGGCACAUCAUGCCCAACAAGGUUCUCACGCCGCAAAAAUGUGGAGACGUUUAUCUGUAUGAUCUACUGCCGCCAUCUUCGACACGGGUCUCCAGUCCGUACCAGCAGCAGCCACCAGCACCGCCAUCGCUUCAGCAGCAAAUCGAUGGAUCAGAAACUUACGAUGUUCCGAAACCAGCAGUCCCAGUAACACCGGGUGGUACACCUUUGGAUCCCCAUCAGCAUCAGUUGCUGUUGCAGCAGCGUGGCUCGUGGAUUCGGACACCUACAGGAUUGCCACCGUACGCUUCACAUCUACUGCUUCUCCAUCAGCAAUCGAUCCACUCGACGUCAUCGAACUCAUCGUCCUCGCUGAGCUUCCAUCAUCAUCAACAGCAUCACCAGCAGCAUCCAUAUCCGCACGGUGGACCACCCGGUACGUUCAGGAUGGAGGAAUCGUACGACGUGCCGCGGUCACUGCUCUCGCAGCAACAACAUCUGACACCGAGUAGCUCCAACAGCUCCCUGUUAAUGUCGGAGAGCUUCAGUCUAUCAUCGUCAAACCGAUCCUCACUGGCCAACAUGCCCGAUUACGAUGUACCCCGGCGUAAUCCGGUCUCGGUCCGCGCGACACCGCCCCCACCAGUCGGUGCAUCGGUGGGAACGGUACCGACUCCUGGGACACCACUCUCAGCCAGCUUCACCACCAGUCACCAUUCGAUGUCGAUGUCCUCCUUUAGCAGUAUGUCCACGUAUGACGUGCCACCGGCACAGCAGCAGCAAUUGCUGGCCACCUCAAAGGGUGCCCAUCUGGUCACUCCGAAAGAGCUGCCUCUGGAGCUCUCUUCAGCAUUAGAAACCCUCGCUAGACUGCAGAAUGAAGCCACCACGGCUGUCACAAGGUUACUUUCGUUCGUGUCGCCCAAUUGGCGAGUAAAGGAGAAACUGGAUCCAAUACUGAUGGAUCUCAAACUGGCUGCGGUACGGCUACGGACCGCACUACACGAUCUCGCCGAGUUCGGUGACGGUGCACUCGGCAAUGCGACCAAAGCUGAAGAUAAAGGAUUGGCACAUAAGUUGAAACCACUAGUAAAGGCACUGCGUGAUGCCGAUAAGCUAGUACACGAAGCGUCCCAAAGUCUGGACGCCCAGGGCUGGACCCUGGUGACGCUACAGCGACCAGAAGCGACACAGAAGCUGCAGCAGCAGCUACCUCCUGACAGUCUCGAUCAACUGAUCGCCUGCGCCCAAACGCUCACCGAGGACGUACGCCAGACGGCUUCCUUCAUUCAGGGCAAUGCAACACUUCUCUUCAAGCGUUCACCUCCCACACCGCCCAAUUCCUGUCCCACGACUCCACAGACUCCAACCGGUGGCAGUGGUGUUGGUGGACCAAAGACUUCCGGCACUGCCGGUGCUGGUGGCGAGUGGCCAGAAGACUACGAUUACGUGAGCCUCGAGUCGAAGGAAGCCUCCGCACGGACCAACGCCGAAAUCCGGGAUGCGUUGCCACAGGAUUUGAAGAAGAAUUUCGAGAAUGUGGUCCGCAAUGCUGCCGAUGCGGUUGAUGCUGCGUGUGCCGAGAAACCGGAGGCGCUCGAUCCGAACGAUAAGUCGGUGCUGGUGUACUACGCCUCGCAGACCGUCACGCACAUGGGCUAUCUGACGCAAGCCAUCGAUGCCUUCCUGCAGACGGUCGAGCACAAUCAGCCACCAAAGUUUUUCCUCGCGUAUGGCAAAUUUGUCGUGCUGAGCGCCCACAAUCUGGUCAACAUUGGUGACAUCGUGCACCGGAAUGUGUCCCGGGAGGCGAUCAAGACGCGUGUGCUGGCCUGUGCUGAUGCGCUGUCCGAGGCAUUGAAGACGUGCGUUGGCAAGACGAAGAAAGCGGCCCAAAACUUCCCGAGCGUGACGGCUGUCCAGGAGAUGGUCGAUUCGGUCGUCGAUAUUUCGCAUUUGGCGAGCGAUCUCAAGAUAGCGAUGCUGGAAGCGGUCCAGCAAUAAAGGGGUGGUAGAAGGUAUGGAGUAGAGAUACCCGGAUGAUGAUGCCCCGUAUGCCAAAUAAUUAGUAACCACACGAACCAUGUCUACCCAAUGAUCCCUCCACCUUCCCGUUACUACUCCUUGGUUCGCGUUACUUUACGUUGUACAUAAAUGUAUAGUAACUAGUUACUUUACGGUUUUUUUUUCGAUUUAUUUAAGUUAGAACAUACCUUUGUGUGCUAUUUCGUUUUCGAAUGUUUACCGGGCGGACGGAAUUACAAUUGUUUGUCUGCGUUUUGUUAUCGCUAAACGACCCGAUUUUCAAACAAUGAACCUCAGAAACUUUGGCUCAAAUUAGAAGGAUAAACUACCCGCAAACACAUAAAUUCUCGAUAAGCGAAACCAAUCGGAAUGCGAUUUUCCGGCAUUUUUAUAAAGAUCACCUUUGGUCACCAUCAAGUCAUGUGUCGUCGCGCAGAGCAGGAGCAAAUAAAAAUAGCUAAAACCCCAUUGAUGAACAGCAUUUUCACCAAUCGACAUCUCAGAUCGCGGAAGUCAAACGAAACGAAGCAAAUAAAGCCCCUUUGGAACGAAGAGCGCCAGAGACGUUGCAACGAGAACGAAAAAUUGUUAGCAUUAAAGGGAACCUAGAAGACAAUGGUUUUAACAAAACCAACACAAAUCGAGUAGGCAUGCAAUAGGUGACGACCACCUCCCCGUCAAGGUGUCAUACACCGUUUCGAAUCGAAAGACCUACCGCGCCAAAAGUCAAACACAGUGGAACACUACAAUACGAUGGAGGAAUCGCCAUCAAAGAGACAUGUCGAAGAAACGCGACGAAUGAAAAGUAUUCAAUAAAGGUAAAUUAUUCAA